AUGGGGUCCUUGCUCUUGAACGCCGCGCUUCUUGGCGGCGGCUUCGUGCUGGGCCGCGUGCCGCUGCUACCGCUUGCAGCUCAAGCUCUCGAUGAGCUCAUUGCGCUCUCUGCGCUGCGUAAAGUCGUCAUGGCCAUUCUCGUGACGCUAUUGGUGGCGAUCUACUUGCUGGGCAUGUUACUGCCACUGCAGUGGGUGGCGGUCCAGGAAGCGCAGAAAGCUGCUGCGCGAGUGGACCAGCCGGAAGCCACGUCGUUUCGACGGGAAGUGCGACGUCGUGGGAGUUUUAGUGUCGAGUACGUGGCAGACAUGAAGGCCCAUGUGUUUGCGUACUGCUGA